AGUACAGCAGACACAGUGUUAGCCGAUCUCAUCCUUGUGCGAAGUUCGCCUGAUUAUGUCAUCAAGCGACUCGCUUGAGACUUUCGAGGACGUAUUCUGCGCCAUGAGGCGAACAACAUCCCCGUCUUGUUUCUUGCCCUCACAAUAAUGUUUACGAAACCACUGCGCAGGCCAUCCAGAUGGAUCUGCCAGUCAUGUCUUCACAAAACGACGCAGCGUCGCUCCGCAUCGCGUCGCGCGCCUGCUGCCUCUGGUACCGCGGCCCACAUCGAUCUCGCUCUGCCUGCGAGCUAUUCCCCAGACACGGAAGCAGAUGAUAAGACCCUCCGUCAGAUCUUCGACUCGCAGCGUUUCUGGCAGGACUUCAAGGCGAGCAAAGGAGGGAAAAGAGCAGGACUUUUUCAGAACAAGUACCUCACGGCUCCGGAAGGAUUCCAAGCGUACACACAGGCGACGUUGAAGAAAUGCCAGGGCCUGGUGCGCAAGAUACUGGCCGUAAAGGAGCCCGCAGAGUAUGUAGACAUGGCUAGAGACUUUGACAGGCUUAGCGACCUGCUCUGCCGUGUCAUCGAUCUAUCAGACUUCGUGAGGGCAACGCAUCCGAGUCGGCAAUUUCAGCAAGCAGCGACUAUGGCCUACAAUACGAUGUUUGAAUUUAUGAAUCAGCUCAAUACGACUACGGCGCUGAAUGAUCAGCUGAGGAGAGCCAGCUCGAACCCAGAGGUUACAAAGCACUGGAGCGACGAAGAGAAGACGGUCGCGUUCAUCCUCGAGAGGGAUUUCUCCAAGUCGGCCAUUGAGUUGCCGGAGAAGGACAGACAGGAGUUCGUGCAGCUGUCCAGCCAGAUUGCAGAGGUAGGCACCGAGUUCGUUGACCAGAUGCGGCCGGAGCAGCCGUUCCUCAAAUUUGACAGCAGCGACUUGCACGGGAUGGAUCCGUUGUUGGUGAAGAGCAUGACGAACUGGGGUACGGUCACUAUGCCAACGGUGGGGACGGCUGCAAUCAUGGCCUUGAGGACCGCGGAGGACGAUGACGUGAGAAGGGCUGUGUACAUUGCGAGUCGCACCGCGUCCAAGAGCAGCAUAAAGAAGUUGGAGCAGAUGCUGUAUGCCAGGUCACGGCUGGCAAAAGUGUGCGGCUACAACAGCUACGCGCACAUGGCUCUAUCGGACAAGAUGGCGCAGACGCCCGAAGCGGUGAACAUGUUCUUACAGGCGCUCCUCGCGGACACGCGCGGUCUUGUGCAGGAGGAACUACACGAUCUGCUUGAACUGAAGCAAUCGGACGCCCAUUCAGCGAGCAUGGCCGCGACGCGUAUCACGGCUUGGGAUCGCGAUUACUACACGCAGCGUCUCCUCUCAGGUCUACGGACGCGCAUCCAUUCUCCCGACACUCUCUCCUCGUUCUUCUCUCUGGGAUCUGUUUUCCAAGGCCUCUCGCGUUUGUUCCACCGACUGUAUGGCAUUCGAUUCGUGCCCCGCGAAACGGCACCGGGCGAAACAUGGAACGAAGACGUCCGGCGUAUCGAUAUUGUUGACGACACGGCCGGCCACGUCGCAGUCAUGUACUGCGACCUGUUCUCCCGUCCGGGUAAGUCGCCCAACCCGGCACACUUUACCUUACGCUGCUCUCGCGGUAUUCUGCCAUCUGAAGUCGCCGAGUUUGCAGACUCACCCCACCCUUUUGCUUCACCCAUGGAAGCGGCGACAGAUGGCAUGGCGCACAGCUUCGAUCCGGCCACCAACACCGUCUUCCAGCUUCCAACUAUCGCAUUGAUCUGUGACUUUGCACUUCCACAGCGAUCGUCGCGCUCGGGUAAGCCGGCCCUCCUGACAUUUCGCGAGGUCCAAACGCUGUUCCAUGAGAUGGGCCACGCCUUGCACAGCAUGCUCGGCCGCACCAACCUGCAAAACGUGUCUGGCACACGAUGCGCGACGGACUUUGCGGAGCUGCCCUCUGUGCUGAUGGAACAGUUUGCCUUUAACCCGCAAGUGCUCGGCCUGUGGGCAAGACAUUGGGAAGACGGACGUCCUCUCCCCUUCGGCCUCGUCAAGGAACGGCUGGAGAUCGAGAAACGCAUGGCAGGCGCGGAGACCGAAGCCCAGAUCCUGCUUGCGUUCUUGGACCAGGAGUACCACGCUCGACAAUGGACCGAGGACUCGGACUCGACAAAAAUCUACCACGACGUGUGGAACAAGUACUCUUCCGUCCCCGAACCCGCAGGCACGGCCUGGCAGGGGUUCUUCGGGCAUCUCUACGGCUAUGGAGCCACCUAUUACUCAUACCUGUUCGACCGGGCCAUUGCUGGCAGGGUGUGGAGCUGCGUGUUUGGCGACGGGGACAGGGCGCUCGACAGGGAGAUGGGUGAGCGGUACAAGAACGAGGUGCUGCGCUGGGGGGGUGCAAGGGACGGGUGGAAGUGUGUUGCCGGAGUCUUGGACGAUCCAAAGCUUGCCGACGGUGGUUUGGAGGCCAUGAAGGAAGUGGGAAAAUGGGGCGUCAGAGACAUUAGAAGCUGAGAAAUGUUCGCUUGUAACAAAAUGUGUAGAAUUACUUGCGCUAUGGGAUAGACCGCUUUGCAUGGCACACACGGACGGGGACGUAAACCCUAAUGUUAGAGGUAGAUUAGGUUCCCACCUGGCACGGCAGGAAGGGAAAUAAACCUAGACUUCACGCUGAGCUAGUCGCUGGCCA